CGUUAUUGCGCACUACCUCUCACUUGACCAAUGUUUUGGCUUUGCCUUUCUUCUUGGCAAGUGUCAGGCGUUCAUGUGAAGGGAGAAGUUGUCGCUCCAAUCUUCGGCUUCUCCUCGUCGUCAUGGAGGCUCGGGCGAGCUUCUGCCGUGAGGAAAUCAACAGCACCGUGUGGGAGGUUCCGGAGAAGUACACCCAUCUCAAGCAGAUCGGAACCGGGGCGUACGGCUCUGUUUGCUCAGCAACAAAUGAGAAGACGAAGGAGAGAGUGGCCAUCAAGAAGCUCCACCGGCCCUUCCAGUCAGAGAUCUUCGCUAAAAGGGCCUACCGGGAACUGCGGUUGCUCAAACACAUGAAGCAUGAAAAUGUGAUAGGACUUCUUGAUGUGUUUACAUCUGUUUCAAGCCUCGACGACUUCCAGGACUUCUACCUUGUGAUGCCUUACAUGUUUACUGACCUGUCAAAGGUGCGAGGUCAUCUCUCUGAAGACAAAGUGCAGUUUCUUGUCUACCAAAUGCUCUGUGGGCUCAGGUACAUCCACAAGGCUGGAAUCAUUCACAGGGAUCUUAAGCCUGGAAACUUGGCUGUAAACCAAGACUGUGAGCUGAAGAUCCUGGACUUCGGGCUAGCUCGCAGCACCGACGCCGAGAUGACAGGCUAUGUGGUGACUCGUUGGUACCGGGCACCUGAGGUCAUUCUGAACUGGAUGCACUACACGCAAACUGUGGACAUCUGGUCUGUGGGCUGCAUCAUGGCUGAAAUGAUCAACGGAAAAACCCUUUUUAAAGGGAAAGAUUAUAUGGACCAGCUGACACAGAUCAUGAAAGUUACCGGAGUGCCUGGACCAGAGUUUAUACAGAAACUGGACAGCCCUGAGGCAAAAAAUUAUGUGAAGGCCCUUCCUCACUAUCCCAGAAAAGACUUCUCAACAUUGUUUCCCCGAGCCAGUGCCAACGGCAUUGACCUGCUGGAGAAGAUGCUUGUUCUAGACAGUGAUGAGAGGCCCACAGCUGAACUGGCACUGGAGCAUCCGUACUUUGACAACCUCAGGGACCCAGAUGACCUCCCUGAGCCGGCACCAUACGAUGACAGCCACGACAAUGCCCAGUUAACUCUCGAGGAGUGGAAGCGGUUAUGUUUCCGAGAGGUGAAGAGCUUCGUGCCAUUCCCUCGGCGAGACUCCAAGAGAAAAAACACGCUGACUAUGACUCCCUGACUUGAUAAAUGUCAUGUAAAUAUAUAGAUAUAAAUAUGCUCAUGUCCCAACUACUGCACACCCAAUUGUGCUCCUGUACUGUAUAUUACAAUUAGGGAUUGCUUUUAUUUCUUUUGCCCUUAUCAUCUACACAUUUCAAAUCAUUUUUGCGUCAAGUGUAGGUGUUUGUGAAAGAGACAUUUCAUGUUACUCAUUCAGUUUCCUGUCAAUGAAUUGCCUUACUAAUACUUUUAAUCUUUCCCAAUUAAUAACUAUUUGUGUGCAUACCCACUUCAUUAUUGAGUUGAUAUAUUUUGAAUUUAGGAAGGCCAAAUUCAUCACCAUCACACUGGUAGUGAGUACAUGAAAUGUUAAUUGUCUGCGCAUUUUAUGGCCUUGGAUCUUGGUAUGAUUAUUUUAAUUUUGGUCAUUUAUGAUUUUGUUCUCUGUGCUGUCUGUUUGCACUUUAUGACUUAAUUUUAAGCCGAAUGUGUGUCUCUAGUAGACGUUGCCAUUUUUAUUUGAAAUGAACAUCUGCAUGUUUUUGUUCCAAAAAUCAAUGCAUACAAAGUAAAUAAAUAAUAACAUUGGAACACAUUAAUUAAAUUGUGACAUAAUGUAUUACAUUGUCAAUCUAUUUAAAACAAUAUAUUUAUUGAGAUAUACAUGUAAGGGCAUCUAUACACGGGUCAUACAACAAAUAACUUACUUUCAUAUUAUUGUUUCAGAUCAUAGUUUACUGUUUAAUUAAUACAUCGAUUCACAUUUGUUAUUCAUUUCAUUGACCUUACAUUUCCAUACUGUUGAGUGCCAGACGAUUGUACCCGGGUCAUACAUUCCUGAUAACAAUGUUGAAUUUCUGCACUUAAAUUACAUUUUGAAUGCUACAGUGGACAAAUUGUUCUCUUGUGUCAACCAAUAGAAUGUACAAUUAUAUUACUGAGGACACUUG